AUGACCACAUCUUCCAAUUUCCAGGAUGCUGGCCAGUGUGUUGCUUCUCCAAAUCGGAUAUCGAGAGAAAUCAGGCCUUUCAGCCCCCCAGAGCGCUAUUACCAGUACGUCAAAUACUUGGCUUUGGAGCCCACACCAAUACCUCAACAAAACAUCUUCCACGUUUUUACAUUCAAUAUGCCCAAGGAGGAAUGUGAAAAGAUAUCUAAAGAUGGGAACGCCGAUCAGACUCCUUCACAAGCCAAUUUUUACUUCAAUGCCUCUUUGCACGUGAGGCUGCGGGUGUGUCUUAAAGAGAAGGUUGCUCCGUUCUCCGAAGAAGACUGGGUACUUGCCGACGGCUACUGGCCACAGCACAUACAGAUACAUAUCAACCAUCAGCUACGGGCGACCAAACAAAAGCAGCACCAUGGCAAACAUCAACCAAUAGAGAUUGGUCAACUUGUCAGACCAGGCGGAAAUUUUCUCCCUAUAUUGGUACCAGUUCACGAAACAUUCGAUAAGGAUGCAAUCCCCUAUGUAGCUGUUGAGGUCCUCGAAACUCUCAGUCACAAUUCGAUUCAAGCUCUACCCAACUUCGAUGCAAACUCCGUCACCUCCCCGGGGCAAACACAAGCUAUAAUCGACCAACGCCUUGGUAGCUUAUGCAAUCCCGAUGACGAGAUUAUGAUAGUCACGAGCUACCUCACCAUAAACCUAGCCGACCCCUUCAGUCUUGCUCUUUGGGAAACGCCAGUUCGGGGAAAGAAUUGCAUCCACCUAGAAUGCUUUGAUUUAGAGACUUGGCUGAAAACCCGCCCUAGAAAAAGGCCUUGCACUUGCGGUGCCACAAAGGUCUCAGAAUGCAACCUGUGCAUUGGGGAACCAUCACUUGUAGACAAGUGGAGAUGUCUGCUUUGUAGAGGAGAUGCGCGUCCCCAUAAGCUAUAUAUUGACGGCUUUUUCGUUGAAGUAAGGAAGUCUCUAGUAGAAAGAGGGCUCUUGCAUGCCAAUGACAUCAAGGUACGCGCAAAAGGAAUUUGGACGUCCAGCCCGGCAAGAGACCCGUCGAGCUUGCACCCUCAAAUGGCCGAGGAGACCCUGUCAUCCAGCUGGUCUGACUGA